AGAGGCAUGGAGUUGUAUCAUGCAAUGCAAAUAAGGUAAAUAUAUAUUUAGGGGAUUAGAUGUCUUUCUUUUGAACAUCUAUUUAAGGGGAUUUUCUAAAUUCUAAUAUAACGAAUGUUUGUACUACACAAAAAAUUUAACAAGUCAAAAGAUGAUGUACUUGUACUACAGUACAACACAUAAUACAUUGAAGAAAUCACAAUAAAUACAAACCGAUUCUCUCUUAAAAUUUUUGUCUACGACAAAAUCCAUCAUAAACCCUAUUACCAUUAGUAUCAUGGAUCAUGAUAACAUGCAUAACAUGCCACCACCAUCACCAUCAUCAUCAAUGUCGAAUCAUACCAAACCACACAUGAUGAUGAUGCACAUGACGUUCUUUUGGGGUAAGAACACGGAGGUUCUAUUCUCCGGCUGGCCGGGGACAAGCUCCGGCAUGUACGCUCUCUGUCUCAUCGUUGUCUUCCUCCUCGCCGUAAUUGCCGAGUGGCUUGCCCAUUCGCCGGUCCUACGUGUUGGUGGCUCUACCAACCGCGCCGCCGGGCUCGCUCAGACCGCCGUGUACACACUCAAGACUGGCCUUUCGUAUUUGGUGAUGCUCGCUGUUAUGUCCUUUAAUGGAGGCGUUUUCAUCGUUGCUAUCGCCGGAUACGCCGUUGGUUUCUUUCUCUUUGGAAGCACUACUUUCAAGAAACCCUCCGAUGACCGGAAAACCACCGAGCUUCUCCCGCCGUCGUCAGGCUGCGUUUGUUAAACAAUUGAAAUUACUGUUAUUUUUUUUUUCUUAAUUAAGAAUUUUUUUCCUUUGUGUGUGGUUGGCUUUAUAUUUUAAUAUUUCUUUUUGGUUUAAGUCAAUUAAAUAGUAGAAGUUAAAAUAUUCUCAAUUGAUUUUUUAGGUUACACAAAAUUAAUUCCACAAUUCCAUGAAUAUUUUGGGACUAUAAAGAUUUUGGAAUUUCUUGCA